AUGAAAGCCAGAUACUUAACAUUCUUCUCAUACAUAGGAACGCCUUUUAGGUCCUCUGAGAAAAUAUGGCUUAGAGAAGGUCGUAACCAUCCAGAUCCUGAAAGUGUACAGGGUUUGAUGGAACUAGCGCUGCUGAAAUUGAGGUCUCUCAACUAUCCUAGCCUGGUCCUUUCCAGCCGUACAGAUGGUGGAGUCCACGCAUUGAAUACUAGUGCACACUUUGAUCUGGAAAGGUUUGGCUCCAAGAUAUAUGAACCUGAAGCGAUCACUUACACUUUGAACAAGUUCUUCUACAACCACAAUAACAGUAUAUUUGUUAAGAAGGUCAUUAGAGUACCUGACAACUUUAAUGCUAGACACAAGGCAAUUGGCAGGAGUUACUUAUACAGGUUAGCUGUAAAAAAAGAUGGCAUUGUUUUGCCUGAAAAUGUAACUAUAGCUUCUUAUAUACCCAUUGAGGAGUGGAAGAGAUGUCACUUUGUAAGAUUACCAGGCUUCGACAUAGAGAAAUUUAAAGAAGCCACAAAAUAUUUUAUUGGUAUCCAUGAUUUCACGACAUUCAAGAAGUUUGACAAGUUAAAACAACACAAGCACAACAGGAGAGAGGUCCAGUCCAUAGUGGUGAGACCUGGUAGGCCACUCAUUACCAGCUACCCUCGAGACGAUGGUAUAUUUGACUACUGGGAUAUAGAAAUUAGAGGGAGAGGAUUUGUGCAUAAUCAAAUACGCCGCAUGGUAGGAACACUAAACGCCGUGGCGAUAGGCAAGCUGCCUGCUGAAGAAAUAAAAGUGAUGCUACAGGUGCCUUCCAAGCACUCCUGGCAUAACUUCAUACAGUCCGGUCCUCCUGACGGCCUGUACCUGUGUGAUGUACAUUACAAGCCUGAAGAUCUCAUAUACGGUCCAGAGAGCCAUCAAGAAAAAGAAGAGUGUCUUAGUGAUAGUGAAUGUGAUUGA